GACUUGAGGAGCAGGAAAAGUAUCUUCAAAGAGCCGUAUGUGGCGCGCGAGCCGCGGUUUGCCGACCUACUGUACCUACAAAACCCUCUCUUCCAAAAAACUUGUUUCAUGAUUUGAGAAGACUCAACUCGGAAGUACGACCUACUACCUCAACCUUUGCCUCAUGGGCAGCUAUGGGCACCCAUGGACAGUGACGGCCGCCUCGUGUUCUGGAAGGGAGGGGUGUGGGAGGGGGGAGCUCCUACUCUGAACUGCAACACCUGCAAGAAACGAAGAGCUGAUAGGAUGAGCGCUAAUGACCGGCCUCCGGGUGAGUUGAAGAAGCUCUCGGAGGAGAGUCUCACUCGGCAGCCAGAGGAGGUGUUUGACAUCAUCUGCAAGCUUGGAGAGGGGUCCUAUGGAAGCGUUUAUAAGGCCCUCCACAAAGAAAGCGGGCAGGUCCUCGCCAUCAAGCAAGUGCCAGUGGACACGGACCUGCAGGAGAUCAUCAAGGAGAUCAGCAUCAUGCAGCAGUGCGACAGCCCCUACGUCGUCAAAUACUAUGGCAGCUAUUUCAAGAAUACCGACCUCUGGAUCGUAAUGGAAUACUGCGGUGCAGGAUCCGUCUCCGACAUCAUGAGGCUUCGCAAGAAGACCCUAUCUGAAGAUGAAAUAGCGACCAUACUGUGUGACACGCUCAAGGGCCUGGAGUAUCUGCAUCGGCGACGCAAGAUCCACCGCGACAUCAAGGCGGGGAACAUACUGCUCAAUACUGAGGGUCACGCCAAACUGGCUGACUUUGGAGUCGCUGGGCAACUUACUGACACAAUGGCCAAACGCAACACAGUAAUCGGAACCCCCUUCUGGAUGGCCCCGGAAGUGAUCCAGGAAAUCGGCUACGACUGUGUGGCCGACAUCUGGUCGCUCGGCAUCACGGCACUGGAGAUGGCGGAGGGCAAGCCGCCCUACGGCGACAUACACCCCAUGAGGGCCAUCUUUAUGAUACCGACCAAACCGCCGCCGUCCUUCAGAGAACCAGACCAAUGGUCGCCAGAAUUCAUCGACUUUGUAACGCAGUGCCUUAUAAAGAAUCCGGAGGAGAGAGCAACGGCCGAGUAUCUGCUAACACACGAGUUUAUUGGUAACGCGAAGCACCCAUCAAUAUUAAGCAGUAUGAUAGCCGAGGCGAGAGAAAUAAGAGAAACACAGGCGUUUAGACAACAACCCACAGUCACGCCGGACGGCAAAAUCAUUGCUGGCGCUGGCGAGGGCUACGACGACGCAACAAUGAAGAAACGGGACGAGGGCACUCUAGUGCCCACGCGAGAUGGCACCGAGCUGACCCACGACCUGGGCACUAUGGUCAUUAAUGAGCCCGACGCGGAUCUCGCCACCAUGAAACGCCACGACACAGACCCAAUGGACACCAACCGGCCGAAAUACCGUCCGCUGUUCCUCGAGCAUUUCGAGAAGAAGGAAGUGAACCAUCUCAACAUAGGCACUGCCAAUGGCACACUCACUGGCCCCCUAAGGUUACCUGGAGAUGACACCGUCAGGGCGGAAGGUAUAGUAGGCGAAGCGGGAGCCCUAGCUUUCCAACGCGCUUUAGUUGAAGACGGCAACAUGGAAUUCCUAACCUUCCUAUCAGUGUCCGAGCUAGAAGCCCGCAUGGAGCGCCUGGACUCGGAGAUGGAGGCCGAGAUCGAGCAGCUUCGCGCCCGCUACAACCACAAGCGGCAACCGAUCCUUGACGCUAUCGACUUGAAGCGUAAGCGGCAGCAGAACUUCUAGAUCGUGCUGCCGAGUGGUUCUGAUUCUGUGCUGUCAAAUGAGUAAGUGAUAUGUGUCAAUACAAAGGGCUAUUCUAUUUGAACUGAUCUUUGAAAGUGUUAGGCCGUUGAGAGGCCAAAUGUUUGAGACCAAGUUCAAGAUGAAAUCCAUGCUCAUCGCCCUUAACCUCAAGGUAAACUAUACAAGAACUACGAUGUUCUAUUGAGGGUUUACAAAUGUGUCAAGUUUACAAAGGGCUGUUGUUGAACUGAUCUUAUGUAAAAGUGUAGAGUUGUUGAAAGCAGUUGUAAAAAUUGCACCAAAUGUGUUGUCUCUUCUGAAAUUAGUUCACGGAGUCGUCAACCGUAAGCGACAGUAGCACUUUUAAUGAAAUUACCUCCAAAGUUUUGAGAACGGCAAACCCCGUGGUCUCGCCGCACUCCGAACGUAGGAGGUAAUUUUAAAGUUUAAGGGUCGAUUGCACCAAACUGUUUAUCAUUGUUAGAGGUUCGCUAAAUUUUACUGAAUGGCAAGUUUCAUAGUAAACCGCGGCGGCGCGCCGGGUGACGUUGAUUAAUCUGUCAAGUGCAGAUGGUGCAACUGGCACUAAGUAUACGGGAUUAAGUCCCGUUAAAUUAAAUAAUGAUGUGUGAAAAUCGUAAAAGUUUAAAUCAGGAUUUCGAGUGAGUUAAAUACAGUUUGGUGCCGUGACCAGGAUUCCUAAAUUAACUUUUCGGCACUACUUUGAUUGACAAAACAAGAUAAGAGAUUUUUUCAAAGUAGUGCUGUUUUGUUUAUAUUGCAUUUAUUUGUGAAUACAAUGUGUUAUCAGUUUAAAUAAAUCAAUGAUUAAAUAUCGGUGACUAAUAAGGUCCAGUUUUCGAAAAAUGUAUGAAUUAUUUAUUUGUUUACUUGGUAUAACUUGUCGCUUCUUAUUUUUACGCUAGUCUGUACAAAAACCAUGCGUCACGAUAAAUGGAGUAGGUAUUUGGAAGUAGGUAAGUAAUAAAAAGAAAAUUUACAGAUAGGUACAUAUCUUUGCCAUUUUACAAUUCUUUCUAAUUUCAGGUAAUCUUUUUGGUUUGAAAUUAAUAAUGAGAUUACGGGCCCCAUGAAUUUUCGAUUAUUAUUAUUUAUUAUAGGCAAAAGGUUCGUCUUUAUAAAUAAAAAAAUACGUAUAUUUUGAAUGAUAACCGGUUUUUAAACUUCAUUUCUCUUGGUAUGCUUUGUGAGGACAAUAUGAUUUUUUUUAUACUCGUGUCACAAUCUUAUGCUGUUAAAUGUUUGGCGGCGCUAAAAUAUGAAAUAAGGGACUGUUUCUGUUUCACUUACUCACAACUUUUGCGUGAAGAGCACCGCAAUAGUAUAGUGUUUUUUGAUAAUAUUUGUAGAUAGCUUUUCUUUCGGUCUAACUUCUAGUAUUUUUUUAUUAUUUAUAAUAUAAACAUUACGAUGUACUCGCAUUUUUGCAUUUGUCAUUUUGUUAUUAUUAAAAGUACUAAUUUAAUUACAGUUAUUUAAGCACUAGUAUAAAUAUUUGUGUAUAUUAUUUAAAAUUUAGAAUAAUUUUUAGUUUUCUUUUUAUUUUAGUUCCUUUAUAAAUUUAGAUCUCAAACGAUUAUUGUCUCGCAAUUAUAUAUUAAAUAUUAGAUUAUAUUCACGUGUACAGUUUUCAGUAGUUGGUUGUGAGUUUCAUGAAUUUACAAACAGAUUCGAGAAUUUCAAAAAGUCAGCAGAAUAUAAUAUUCAGAGCGCACUAUUCGCCAACAAACUGUCUCAGUUUGGCGAAAAUAUUGUAAAAUAUAGUCUUAAGUGUCUUUUUGAAAUAAAUAAAUACAAAAAUUAAUUAAUCAUUAAAAUUAAUGUGCAUUGAUGUAAAAGCCUCUAAAUGAAACAUACUUUAAUGUGGACAAGACACUCUUCCAUAGCCUUGUUUGUGGCUUUUUUCAAGUGACAAUAUUUUGCAAUCCUAUACGAGACAUUUUUAGAAUUUUCGAAUCUGAUGCACUCAUAAUGUUCAAAACCUUCGUUUGUGAAUUACAAAAGUUUAGAAGUGCCAUUAUAAAAUAUUAUAUUCAUAGUAUUUUCGUACUUCGGCAAUAAUUGUAAGAUAUUAGGCAUAUUUGGUUAUUUAUAUUAAGAGAAGGUACGGUUGGAAAACGAGAAAAAAUGGCAGAAUAAUACAUUUUAUAUUAUUCUUGUUUCUAUUUCAUUUAUUAAUGCAUUUUCUGAAACUAAACCUUUUUUACUUUUAUAUUUGGCCUCUUGCUUGGGACCAUUCCUGAAAUAUAUCUUUUAACGAUUUUUCUAAGCUAAAAUCUUGAUAUUGAUGGAGAUUGACAGAAUUUUUCAUUUUAUACCUUAUGUACACCACACUAAAGUCUAUAUUUAUUUAAAUACACGCCAUUUCUUCUCCUUUUUCACCGUUGGAUGCGAGCCCAAAGAUAGUUUAUUUCGUGCCAUUAAAAAAAAAACUCCACAAGAAUACAGUAAUAUAUUUUCGUAAGUUUUAAACGAAAUUAUCGUCUAAAAAAGUCAUGUUUUAAUCUUUACUACAGUAAUAUAAUGUAUUGAGAAAUUUGGCCUAUUUCUUUUUGUAAUUAUACAGGGUAAGCAUAGUAUAAUAUGUAUGUUUUUGUUUUGAAGUUUGCUUGAGCGAUGGAGCCGCUUUUGACGCGUUGGUUUGUUGGUUAGUAUAGAAACACGUGUGAUAUACCAUACCAUUUAUUCAGCAAAUACCACUUUAUAAUAAGGCCCUGCUAGAGUGACGCACAUUCAACUAUAGUAGACCUGCUACAGUCAUGCACACAAUGUACGUUAUGCUAGCAUAGCCUCAUGAUACUGUUAACUUAUGAAGUGGUUCUGCUGAAGUGACGGUUUCAAUGUCAGAUGUAAUUUAAUUAAGUAGUUUUCAAAUAUCAUAAGAUGUUGCUGAUUUUUGUUUAAGAGACCUUUUCAGAAUGUUGAAACUAGUUAUAGUGCAUUUAAGACUUGAAACUGCUACUUAUACUACAUUUACUACAAGAUGUAAAGGCAGGUUUACACUGAUCUGUUCAGUUGUCAUGGUCAGGCGUAGCUCACUCCGCGAUUUCGUCGCGACGCUGCAAGUGCAUGCGGACCACACCAAUUCUGGUGUCUAGCAGUAGUAGUUGCCGCGCACCGCUACGGAACGGACGCUGAAUCGCGCUUGCGCUUAUAUUUAUCGUAAUAGACGCGUUUUUUUAGAGAGUGAACCUUCUGUGCCUAGUACUAUUAUUUAUUCUGUGACAUGGUUGCGUUUAUAUCGCCUUUCACGCUAUACUUAACAAGUAUGUACCUAAGUGCGAAAGUGACGCAUAACAGGCGAUAAAACGCAACCAUGCUGCCGGCACUGAUCAGUUUUUUUUUAAUGUUUUAAUCAAACUGAUUCGGAUAAUUUGUAAAUAUACCAAAAUAUUGCAUAAAAUAGUAUCAGUUUCAAAUCUUACAUUACCAACAACCUAACUAGAACUUAGGGUCCAUGCCAAAAUGCAUCUUAUCAUUGUCGCCAUAAGGUCUAAUGUCGAACAAGUAGCGUAGGCGUUUCGUUCAUGAGAUGUUUAUUGUUGAGACGGAAUGCUUAUGAAAGCUCAGUUGUGCAAACAUUUAUUAAAGAAAGGAUUUUCGUAUAUUCACUCGCCUGUUGCUAUCUCUAUUGCACGCGCAUAAUUAUUAUAUUGUUGUCACGCUCGCACAGUGAGAUUGACAGCCGGCAUCAUGGGCGGGACGGCAAUAAUAAUUAUGCGCGUGCAAUAGAGAUGGCAACAGGCGGGUCAGUGUACGAAAACCCUUGUGGUAGACGGCCUUACCUGAUAGACGGUCUUCACCAUUUUGAUCUUACCAAAAAUUUUGUAACUAUAACCUAAUGCGGGCUGUACACACUCGUCGAGAGCCUCUCGCCAAGAGUCUCGUCACCGCUCCGACCCAAUCGGUGAACGGCGAGACGUGUCGAGUAAGAGCGAUACGAUAGGAGCAGUAUGUACACACUCGUUCUCGGUUGAAGGUAUCUCGACGAGUGUGUACAGCCGGCAUAAGGCCAUAUUAAAUGAGUGUUUGAGCAACUGUAAAGAGAUUUGGUACCUAUAUGUCAAUGUGUCGUUUUCUACGAAACCCACACAUCGAUAGGUGCUGUAACUAAUAUAGUAGGGAUAAUGAUUCGCGUUUGCAAUCAUCAAAAUAAAAUAAAAUAAAAUAAAUUGAAUGUCAAAAAACACCUAAAGUAUAUGUGGGGUGUCAUAUCCGGUACCUAUUACGCUUAUCCGAAAUACCGGAAUAUCGGAACGAUUUUUACGAUAUUUCAGUACCGGAAUUGAGGAGGAUCAAUGUCAGAAUUCCGAUAAACCGACAAGUCCGACAACUAUGUAAUCAUAUAGCAAUAUCACCUCUGUAUGUAGUGCAUAAUUAUUUUCCUUCGUAUUUUGACUGAUACGUACGAACGUGUCUUGCUAUUUCAGUCAGUUUCGAUACAAAAAGUACUGUGGUUGACUGAAGUAGCAUGACAAAUACGAACGUUUCCGAGAAAAUACAAUGGAAAACGAUUACUCACUACAUCUGUACCGAAAUAUCGGAACGAUUUUUACAAUAUUUCAGUACCGGGAUUAAGGAAGAUCAAUAUCGGAAUUCCGAUAAACCGACAUGCAAUUGUCACUACUUUUCCAUAGAGUUCAGAGGGCGUAUCUCUAAAACGAUAUUUCGUUAUCUGCCUCAGUCAACGGCCUCAGCCACUCUACGAGUAAUAGGCGGGUAACGAAAUUCCGAUGUUCGCGGUAGUUUAGAACUGACAGAUGGUUGCAAACGCGAAGCCCCGGUGCUGUACAGUUGUUAGGAAGUGCACUUGUCUAGGCGUCGCUAGCUACGCGUUAUAUUUUUGGACAGAUUCACUGAUUACAAAUAUAUGAUGAUA